AUGGCGCAUCGACGCAGUCAGAGCACGUCCGCGCUCGCGCGGUCGCAGCCGCCGAGCCCGCCGAUGGCGAACGGCCGCGGUCCGAGGGAGGAUGAGGAAACCGCUCGGAACUACUUCAGCGGAGGAGCCGGCGCUUUGCGACGAACGUCCAGCCGCGCGUCGAACGAGGCUGUGGACGAGCGCGCCGGCGACUCAAGCGACGGCAGCCUCGCCGGCGUCAAGCCCCCUUCGAAGCAGCGAAAGUUCGCGCGCGGGGGGUCCAAGUCCUCGCUCCUCCCAACGCACUCGGGCGGAGGCACCUCGGGCGCCGACGACUUCCUGGGAUGCCAGGUGAGAUUCAGGCUCCCCAGCAACGCGCAGCUCUGCCGCAUAUUCUUCGCCAUGACCGCGAUGAUCGCCCUCAUCAACGUCGCAUCCUGGGGGAUUGGGGACAUGUACGGGCCGCACCUGCCGAGGACCGGCCGUUUCGCGCCGUCGCACGACCUCCACCGCCUGUACGAGAGGUCAACAAUCGCGUCGACCCACGCGAGCCUCGUUCGGCCUCGUCAGUCGGACGAAGGUGUAGCGGCUGCUCGCGACAGAACGGGGGCCGCGCCGAUGCCGCUGAUGAUCCCGCGGAUCAUCCACCAGACGUACAAGACCUCCGACGUGCCCGACAGGGUGAAGGGGCUCAUGCGAACGUGGGCGGAGAAGAACCCGGGUUGGAAGACUCGCUUCUACAACGACGCCGAGUGCUACAAGUUCGUGGAGCGGGAGUUCCCGGAGUACUACGACGCGUACGUGUCGCUGCCCAAGGAUGUGGAGCGGAGCGAUUUCUUCAGGUACCUGAUCGUGCUGCACACCGGCGGGGUGUACGCGGACAUAGACACGGAGUGCAGGCAGCCGAUGGAUUCAUACCUCCGGAGCACGGAUACCCUGGUUGUGGGCUGGGAGAAUGAGUUCCGAACGGAUGAGAUGGCGUACAGCAGGCACUUCGUCCGCAGGAGGCAGGUGCUCAACUGGGUGUUCGCGGGCGCGCCGGGGCACCCGGCGCUGAGAGAGAUUUGCGAUCACAUCGCGAGGUCGGCGCACCGCGUCUUCACGAACAACACAAACAGGGACACGCUCGAGAGGACGGGGCCCGGGGCGUUCACCGACGUCGUCGUCCGGCAGUUUUGGCUGCAUUCGAAGGCGACGGAGGCGGCGAAGGAUGUCCUCGCGCCGCGGGCGACGAGCGCGUGGGGAACAGAGGACAUCCCCGAGGUGCAGGCGAGGCUCGAGGAGGCGAGGAGGCGGGUGCCGGGGACGAGGGGCCAAAAGGGUGACGCCUGGAACGUCAGGGUGAUGCCGAAGGUUUCUUUCGGCGUUCACCCCACCGGAGAGGACGGCGUGCCCUUCGACGACCCGGGUGUCCUUGUCGCGCACCAUUUUUUGGGUUCCUGGAAGUCCCGCAAGGGUUGGAACUCGGCCAAGAAGGGCGUCGGCGACUACAUCACGCUCUUUUUCACCUCGCUGGGCCUGGGCAAGAGCGGCCUCGAGGAGUAUCGCGCGCAGCUCUCGCGCGCGGACCCCUUCUACGCCAUGCCAAAGGUGAACGAGCGCGCGGGGUACCCCGUGAGCGCGGCGUUCGAUCCGCCGUUCGACAUGCUGACCCACCUCUCGGGCUCGAACGCGUCUGGCGGUAACGUGGACGUCGUGGGAGCGAGUCUCACCAAGUGGGGCGGGUGGCAGGCUGGGCGACACGAGCCGAAGGCGCCAACCUCGGCGGAGGCGCUGGUCGGGUCGUUAUCGUCCAGGGGUUAUCGUGGCGGGGUUCUGCUGGACGUCGGCGCGGGGCUCGGGUUCUUCUCGCUCGCCGCGGCGGCGAGGGGAUUCCCGGUCAUCGCGUACGAGUGGAACGGCGGCGACGAGCUCUUAAAGGCUUCCGUGGCGCACAACGGGUUUGGCGAGCUGGUGGACGUCCGGGUCGAUCGCGUCGGCGGCCGCGGCGAGGAGUACUGCCGCGCGAUCGCGAGCGCGGAGACGGCGGCGAGGAGGACGCUCGCGGGCCCGAGGGGCCGGGGCGCCCGCGCGAACGCGCGCGUCGAGAGGAUUCGGAGAGGGGAUGCAGGGAUGCAGAGAGAAGCGGGAGAGGGAAGCCUUUCGGUGCGGGACGUCGACCACGAGCUGCUGGGAGUGUCGGACGCGGCGCUGGAGCGAACGCGGGAGAGGCUCGCCGAGGCUGCGGCGACGCGCGUGGACACCACCGCGGACGCCGGCGUCGACGGGUACGCGCGCGACGACGAGGGCGAGCGCGACGACGGCGUGCGGCGCAGACGGUCUCGGAGUCUCCUUCGAUCGGAUCCCGCCAAACGACGCGCUCGCGGAUCGCGACCUCCUCCGUCGGUUCGCGUCCCGACGCCGCGCGUGCCGGUUCACCUCACCCGCGAGAGCAUCUUACACGGUGGGGACUCGCCGUUCCCGUGCGAGAUCGCGCACGAGGCGCGCAUCUCUUCCGUCGACGACGAGCUCGGUGUCGGAACAAAAGGCGUCGGAACGAAAGGCGUCGAACCCCGCGUGACGGUGGCCGCGAUGCGAAUCGGAUUCGGUGACGGGUGGGAGCGGCACGUCCUGGAGGGCGCCAGGAGGCUCCUCACCACCGCGCCGCCGCCCGUGGUCCUCAUCGAGCUGUCCCCGAGGUUAAACCCCGGGCCGACGGACGAGCGCCUCGCGACGCACGCGGCGCUGGACUGGCUCUGGUCGCUCGGGUACACGGACGUCGCGCACAGCGGCGAGAUUUGCGAGGAGCGGUGGAGGAACGUCACGCGGCACGCGGACACCCGCGGCGGCGGCGUCGGGGGCGCGGACCACGCGUUGAAACAGCCGACGUGGUGUCACGUGAGUCGCGCGGACCUGCCCGCGCUGGCGUACGGGGCGGGGACCGAGCCCGAGAGCGUGCUGCUUCACCACGAGAGCGCCGCCGAUGAAAGAUUAAAGAAAAAAGGCGGCGAGCGGGGGGGCGACGCGGACCUAUUACCCGCGGACGCCGACGUCGAUCGAUAG